AUGCGUUGUAGGCCGUUGGUGUGUCUAUUGCCGCUUCGGCGACUCACCCCGCUGAUGACUGUUGCGAGCAGUUGUCACUUCAACUCCGUCGUGGUGAGUAUUCGUUGGCACUUUGACGAGGUGCCCUCUGUUACGGCUUCUUCCUCCUCCGCAUCAAGACCAGCCAUAUCGGAGGAAGAUCAAAAAGUCGUGCCGCAGGCGCACGCUGUCAAUCCGGCUGCUGCGACGACCGGCCCAAAUGCCUCCAGUACAGAGCCGAGGCAUGGAGAUGGAGAUGGUACGGCCUCUACUGGGGCUGUGGCGGCUGGGAAUACCAAUAGUCUUGAGAUGCCAUUGAGACACAAAACGUCAGCAGCAUCGUCAUCCGACGCGCGGUACGCCCCGUGGGAGAUCCGGGCGCUGCUGUUACCGCUUAUUCCUCUUGGCGGUGACACUGUUCCUCUUCGUGACAUUGUUCAUUUGCUCCCUACUGCAGCCCAAGAGGAGAUGCAGCGGGAUGGUGGAAGCCCGCUAGCGUACGUGCGGCAACAUCUUGCUGACGAUGUUGUUGUGAGAGGGACUGAGCUCUCGCGGCGCACAGUGGAUUUGGACAGUGCCACUCCACGUGGUGGAGUGAGGCGGUCAGCAGCAGUUCCCCCGCCUCCCCCGCCGCCACCUGUCAAUACGAAUCGGGUCAGUACACGCCCUCUCUCGCAGGCCACAGGGGGUGCAAAAUCUGUUUUGGAAGUCAUGGAUACGCUGGUGGAGUUUAUCCCGACUUUCUUUGUGCAGCAGCAAAUGGUGGCCGAUCAUAUGCCGUCAGAAAUCGCAAGGCACUAUGCUGAUAGUAGUUUUCUCUUUUACAUCAAGCGUUUCCGUCACUAUAUUGACAUUCGAGCACAUCAUGGGAACACCGAAAUCCGCCUGCGUCCCGACUUUGCCCACCCAAAGCGUGGCACCGCGGACGCCCGCUACACUUCCGGCCUAAACAACAGCGAUAUCUUAAGCCAGCUAGCGCGGGGACGCCGGCCGCCUCGAAAUUCCGAGGCCAAUUUAAUUCAUUUUAUUCUACCGAGGAUCCCAAGCACGUAUACGCCACUUGCAACAGUGCUACAGGAUGUUUCUGAUAUCGUCUCGCGGCAUCCUUCCUUUGACCCACGUCUCGGGGUGACAGGUCUGUUUGAGAAGUAUCCCGAGUAUUUUCAAAUUGUUGAUGCGAAGCUGCGUGUACGGCCAUUCCACAGCGCACCAAACUCGUUGAAUGACCUUAAUGGGACAACCUCGCCGCUUCCUAAGAUUUACGCCAAGGUAAAGCAACUCGUGGAUGACUAUGCCGAGGGAAAAGACUACAAUGUGGAGGCUGACAAGGCGGCGGCGGUGGUGCCAACAGGAAAAUUGUAUGCAUUACUAACAACCACAGAGAAGAAGCAAGUAAAGACGCAGUGCCGUUCGUUUCCGCGCUUUCUGCGGCUACACGGGGAGGAGAUUGUGGUGUCUGUAGAUAAUAUGAAAGUUUACCAAUUUCGUCCCACGUACGAGCGGUGCGCCGAGACAAUUAUGGAUCAGCGUCUCACCAUGAGCUCGCUUUCACCGGAUGAUCCAGUGUUGAAGAUUCCUGCCGCGAUGGACGAUAGCACUUCAGCUGACUGGGCAGUACGAGAGUUGUACGACGCGCUUCCACUCAUGCAAUGUGCCGAACUUGAGGAAGUCAUGUCUCUGGUCCCACCCUCUGUUAAGAACGCCCUUCCACGAGAAGAGGCAAAACUGGUUGAGCAUCUUGCGCUUUACCCUGACUACUUCUUGACAUGGCAGUAUCCGGAUGAUCCAAGCGUCAUUGUUGUGCAACGCGCGAAAUUGGAGUUGCUUCCGAUGGAAGAGGGGGACAUUGCAAGAAUGAUAUUGCCGAUGAUUCCACAGGGAGGCAUUGAGGUGAAAAGGCUUUUGCGUCGCGUCCCACUCCCGCUGCAGCGCCAUUUCUACCGUCAUGGGUUGAAGAAGGUGCUUGGUGGGAUGAAGGAAUAUUUCUUGGUGGCGGGAGAAAGAGUAGUGCGGGUUGGGUGA